AUGGAGGGUCUGUCGUCGGCUACGGAUCAGCAGAACAUGGUGGCGACCUUUAUGGAAAUCGCAGUCGGCCAAACGGCCGAUACCGCCCGUCAGUUCCUUCAGGCCACUGGCUGGAAGCUUGAGGAAGCUAUUCAACUUUUCUAUGUAGGAAAUGAAGGUGGGUUCACUUCAGCAUCUGUACAUUCUCCAGCCGUGGCAAGUGAUCAGCUCCUCAACGAUUCAGACAUAAGUGGUCUGGAAAAGGAAUUGGUAGGACAAGAUGGUGGAGAUGAUGUACGGGCGCCUUUACCUGUGAAACGGGAAGUUCUCUAUGAUAAUCCAAUUCAUUUUGGUGGAGUACCAAGAGCGGGAGAUUCAUCCUAUGUAACUCAUUCCGUUGUUCCGUUUCGCAAUUUUGAGGAGGAAAUGAAGUAUCCCGGUGUCUGGGAAGCAGAAAAGGGUUCCUCUUCUUCUGCAGUGGAUAAGACUCAGGAUAAUCUUGCAUCUUUAUAUCGGCCUCCAUUUGCUUUGAUGUUCCAUGGACCUUUUGAAAAGGCAAAAGAUAAUGCAAGGAUGCAGAACAAGUGGCUUCUAGUAAAUGUACAGUCUACCAGAGAAUUUAGCUCGCACAUGCUUAACCGUGACACCUGGGCGAAUGAAGCUGCUGCUCAAACCAUCAAGACGAACUUUAUCUUCUGGCAGGUAUAUGAUGACACAGAAGAGGGCAGCAAGGUGUGUACUUACUAUAAGUUAGAUUCUAUCCCUGUUGUUCUCGUAAUUGAUCCAGUAACGGGUCAAAAAAUGCAUUCUUGGCGUGGAAUGGUUCAACCAGAGACCUUACUUGAGGAUCUUUUGCGAUUCAUGGACAACAGCCCAUCAGACCUUCAUGUCAGUCAAAGUCACAAACGUCCUAGAGAAAGUUUUCGAGCUCCAACUCAUGUUGAAAGUAUUCCAGAUAAAAGUAUUGUUGAAGACGAAGAUGAAGAAUUACAGCAUGCAUUGGCAGCCUCUUUGGAGAACAGUAAGGAAUUCAAUGGAGAUAUGAAAGAAGCGAGUCAUGCUAAUGCAGAGGAGAAAGUGCAGAAGCCUGUUUAUUUGCCUUUGCCCGAAGAACCAAAGGGGGAUAAAAGUCUACUUUGCAGGGUUGGUGUCCGUCUUCCUGAUGGGCGUAGAGUUCAGAGGAAUUUCUUUCGUACUGACCCAGUUCAGCUGUUGUGGUCAUUCUGCUAUUCUGAGCUGAAAGAAGGUGGCACAAAGUCAUUCCGGUUGACCCAACCCAUUCCGGGUGCUUCAAAGUCGUUGGAUUUUAAUGAUACAUCAACUUUUGAAGAGUCGGGGCUUGGAAACUCUAUGGUGUCGGUUACUUGGGAGUGA